GCUGAAAUGCAGAGCUUCUGCACCGGAUGGCCUUUAGUAAGUGUCCAUAAUUAUGUCAAUAUAUAUCUAAAGUCGGUACUCCAUUAGGAAAGCCAAAACAUUGCAAAGUAUUUCUCUCAGCUCUUCUUACUCUGUCAUUCACGUCUCGUCUGAAGUCACCAACUUUUCUCAUUGUGUGCUUUGUUCUGUUCCGGAGUCUUCAGUCAUGGCUCAACAACUCGGGGCCCUGAUUGAGGUCAAAUCAGACAAACCUAUUCAGAACCCUCCUAUUGCUCUUACAAAACGCGAUGCCACCCCCAGCCAGUUCGAACUCGAGUUCAUCCCGAACAGGAACCCUCCCAGUAUCCCGCAUACACCUUAUGGGCCACCUCCGGAACGAGAAAACGCACUCCUAUCCGGCCAAAUUUCCCCGACCACACCAAAUGACCUCGAACGAAACCGGGACUCCCCUCCCAAUUCCAUCCAGCCCGAUGCCGCCAGCCUGGUACAGACAUGGCGGACCCCUUCCGUGAAUAAGUGGCGGAUCCUUGCUUGUUGUCUUGAAUACAUGGGGAACGGAAUGAAUGACAGUGCUCCUGGCGCGUUGAUCCCAUACCUAGAAAAGUUCUACAGCAUUGGCUAUGCGAUCGUAUCCCUCGUCUUCGUAGCCAAUGCGGUUGGAUUCAUCGCCGCAGCGUUCUUCACGAACACGACGUUGCUCCGUCUCGGUAGAUCCAAGACGCUGAUGCUCUCCGAGAUCUUUUUGUUGACUGGAUGCGUUGCGCUUGCUUGCUCCCCGCCAUUUCCGGUCGUCGUGAUCGCGUUCUUCCUGUUCGGAUAUGGAAUGGCGACGAAUUUGGCGCUGAACAACGUGUUCUGUGCCAAUCUUGCGGAUUCGUCGGUCAUCCUCGGGCUUGCUCACGGAUCAUACGGCGUUGGCGGCAUUGUCGCUCCGAUCAUCGCCACUACGAUGGUGUCCAAUGGGAUGGUGUGGUCGAGGUUCUACAUCAUUACCAUCGCCGUCCGCGUUAUCGCGCUCAUUGCGACCGGGCUCGCCUUUCGGGGGUACGAAGCCGACUCACCCUCUCAACCCCAGGCCGCAUUGCAGACAAUGGCGAGUCAACAGGGAGGCACCACUACACCGAAGUCAACCAUCCUUGAAGCCAUCAAGCAACGCACCACGAUCAUGGGUGCUUUGUUCCUCUUCGCUUACCAAGGAGCCGAAGUGGCGAUUUCUGGCUGGGUCAUCUCCUUCUUACUUGACUAUCGGGACGGCACUCCUAGCUCUGUCGGUUACGUCACCGCCGGAUUUUGGGGCGGCAUCACUGUGGGCAGGUUCUUCGUGACCCCUCUUCUGAAGAGACUCGGAGAAAGCAAAUCGGUAUACCUUCUUGGUAUACUAUCGAUCGUCUUCCAGGUCCUCACCUGGCAAAUACCAAGUCUAAUAUCAAGCGCCGUUAGCGUGUCGAUACUGGGGGUAUUACUCGGCCCGAUUUAUCCAUGUGCCACAACGAUAUUUGCUAGGAUGCUUGAUCAUCGAUUGCAGACAGCGGCUUUGGGUUUCAUAUCAAGUGCUGGUAGCUCAGGAGGAGCGAUUGGACCUUUCCUUAUUGGUGGUCUUGCUGGAUGGAAAGGGGUAUGGGUUAUGCAUCCGGUUUGCAUAGGGUUGUUUGGACUAAUGCUAGGGUCAUUCUAUGGCCUGCCGAGGACAAGGAAGAGGACUGAAUGAGUAGUCUGUUCAAGUACGCGAUAUGUUAGCUUAUGAAUAGGGACGUCUGAGCGGAAGAGUUUCAAAUCUAGCAGGUAAAGCGCCAACACAUCCCCAAUUUUUAUUUAAUCUAUCAAAAUUUAUCUGAC